AUCGUUAUUCUUUUCUUAUUACCUCUUAAUUUAAUUACUUUUCAAAGUUUAUUUAUUAAAUAAGUACUUGCAGAGGUAAUAAACAAUUUAUUUUGUCAGAUAAAGAAAUUUGUCACAAAUUAAUAUAACAAUAGGGCAAGAAGCUUUGAAUGUAGCGUCACAAUGUCGAGCACGUCCCAAAAGCAUAGGAACUUUGUUGCGGAACCGAUGGGCGAAAAACCUGUUACUGAUUUAGCUGGUAUUGGUGAAGUUUUAGGAAAAAGAUUAGAAACAGCUGGUUUUGAUAAGGCUUAUGUUGUUCUUGGCCAAUUUUUGAUUCUAAAGAAAGAUAAAGAGUUAUUUCAAGAAUGGAUGAAGGAGACUUGCAGUGCUAACUCGAAACAGUCUGCUGAUUGUUAUCAAUGUUUGAAGGAUUGGUGUGAUGAAUUUUUAUAAAUCAUAUAUUACUUAUAAUGAAAGUUAUUUUAUAUUUUUAAAAACUGUAAAUAAUAUGAGAACUUAACACCAUUUUUCAAGUAGUUUGAUUAGAAUAAGAAAUGUAUUUUGAGAAUAAUACAAUGUAUAUACAUCACAAUCUUGGAUGUGCUAGUAAUUAUUUUAUAUAUAUCUAAUAAAUAAAAAUUAAGCAUUAAGUGCAAGCAUAUAUGCUUAUAUUAACUUAUAUAAAACAUUUUUAAAACUUAGAUUAUAUAGUAUGUAGAUUGGUAAUCUAAAAGAGAAAAACAUAAUAACAUGUUAGAGUGAGGUAGACAAGUAGGCCAUUCACCUAUACAAUAUAAGCUCAAAACUAAGCAGUAGUAUGAACAAGUUCUAGGCCUAUGUUCAUCAGUAAACAGCUGAUAUGAUGAUGAACAAGUUCUACUUAUUUUUAUGUUUUGAAUGGGAAUUAGGUUUAAGUGAAUGUAUUUGAUUAAAUUUAAGUAUGCUGUACCUGGAUAUAACAUUAUAAGAAAAAGUUAUUAAAUUGCACAUUUUUCACAUUACAUUUUUUUUUUAAAUGUGAGAUAGAAAAAUUGGAUAUAUUUAGUACAAGAAUUAAUUUUAUUUGCACAAAAAUAAUUCAAUUUAACUGAAAUAAAUUUCUGAAUGUCCAUGAAUUGAAAUUAAACUGACCUCUAGCCACAAUUUCAUGCAUGUUGCCUGGAUAUAUUCACUAUCCUGAAUAAAAAAUAGCUUAUAUCCUUCUUCAUCCAUACUAAAUGUAUAUCAAAUUUCAUACUGAUUGAUAAACCAUUAAGGUGCCAAGAAGUAACAAACAAUCUCACUUUUACAUACUUUUAUAACUUUAAUUCCAUAUAAAUUCAGAACUUUUCACAUUUACAUUAUAGCACACUAAUGUAAUUAUUUCUUUUUUCGAUUUCCAGUCUGUUAUUAUAACAGUUAGUAGUAAAUUACAAGUACUAUGUCUAUAUGAUGUAGACAGACCAUUGGGUGUAAAAACAAAUCAAAAUUUAGAAAACAUGAUAAUGUGUGCCAUUUUUUUUUCAAUGUUGCAAGAAAUUUGAUUAAAUAUUUCCCAGAUAUUUGAUAUUUUUAAUUGGAAUUUAGAACUAUUUUUUCUGAUAUAAUAUACAUACAUAUCUGUCACUCAUGUUUCCCAUUGAGGUAGGUAAAAAACAAUGGAGUGUCAAUGUAUCGAAUCAGACUUUCACAUUCACCAAUCAUGUCAUUUAUACAUGCUUGCUGGUCAUGGGUACUUUUAAAUUGGCUUUUCUGUAGCACAUCACCUAUUUGGUCCAUUUAGGGCAGCCCUUACUGAUAUCUCCAUUCAUUCCUGCUCGAUAAAUCUCUUUUGUACGUCAUCAUUCCUCCAUCCUCUUCAAAUGUUCAAACCAAAGCAACAUUCACUUUUCGAUCUUUGUCACUACAUUAUCUUUCAGUGCACACUUUUCUCUAAUCAUACUAUUUCUCACUAUAUUUUUUAAUGUAAUUCCAUACAUACUUUUCAGAGCUCUUGUUUCGACAGCAUUUAUCCUACUUUCACAAAUUAAAAUACUAUGUUUUUUAAAAUGGCCAUUUAAAUUAUUUUGCUAAUGGAAAAUAUUUUAAGUACAAGUACAGUGAAGAUAAAGUAUUUUACUUUUCAACUUAAGCUUACUAUAUAAAUUUCUUCUACUAUAUAAAUCUGUAUAAUCUAAGUUUUAUAUAUAAUUUGAAGAUUAAGUUUUUAUAUAUAUUUUUAAUAAGGUACAGAACUCUAUGGAACUUAUUUAAAUUCCAUUUAUCAAUAAUAUCAAUUUAUAUUACACUAGCGGCCCGUCCCGGCGUCGCACGGGUGGACAUUUUUACAUUUUAAAAAGUGGCCAUUAAGGCUGUACACACGACGGAAACUUAAAAAUGGAGUAACUACUCCCGUUUUCCCAACAUUUCCCUCCACUACUCUGCUCCUAUUGAUCAUAGCGUGAUGAAAUGGUGAUUGGUGUUGUGGGUGAUCAUGGGCGGCGGUAGUCACUUACCAUCAGGUGAGCCGCAUGCUCGUUUGCCCCGUGUUGUAAAAAAAAAAAAAGAAAAGUAUAUUAUAACCUGCCCAGGAGUAUGAAGAAUAAUUGUACCAAGUUUCGUGAAAAUCCGUCAAGUAGUUUUUGUUUCUAUAACGAACAUACAGACAAACAGACAAAAAUUUACUGAUUGCAUUUUUGGCAUCAGUAUCGAUCACUAAUCACCCCCUGAUAGUUAUUUUGAAAAUAUAUUUCAUGUACAGAAUUGACCUCUCUACAGAUUUGGUAUAAGUAUAGAUUAUUGAUAUUCUCUAGACUUUAAAUGAGUCAGGAAAAAAAGUAUGAUCGGUGACAAUAUUCUAUUGGUAUUCUGCUAGUUUUUAAUAAUAUGGCCAUACACAUAGAAAAAAUUGCUUUCCAAAAAACAUAAUUCAAUCUUUGUGUUACUGGUUGUGAUGUGUAUUAUAUAAUCUAAUAUUUCGUGUUUAAAAUAUUUGUGUCAAAUACGGGGAUUGAUUCUGUGGCACCAUACUCUAAACCUAUCUUUAAAAUUUCAAUUUGACAUCACAGGGAAUUUGUUCAGGACCUAUAUGAACUGAAUUAGUAGUAAUUUUAACUUAAUUCUAUUAAAAGUUUAAGUUUUUAUAUUGGUUCUUAACCAUUUCAAUUUUGGUAUAAAAUUGGAAUUUAAAUUUUAAAAAUAGAUUUGAGAAUGGUGUAACAGAAUGGACUUCAAGGAUUUGUUUUAAUAUUUACAAUUUUAAUGAAAGGUGAACUACAAUAAAAAUAACUAAAUAAUGAUAUACUGUUCGUAAAAAUAUGUAUUUACAGUGCUUAUUAAUAUAAUUAUUUUUAUACAUAUAUAGAACUAAGUCAUCUUUAGGGUAUUUUAUUACCUUUCAUUCACAGAACUAAAAUGGGAAAAUAGUACCUAAGUAAAUAAUAGAAAUUAUAUAAUGUAAUGUCUGUUUGUGACCAGAAGACAACAAUAGAUUUUAAUGUGAAAUUAAUAAUACAAUUUUAUUCAUUA